GAAAAUCCCAGCUAUAUUUAGUAGUUAUAAGGAAUUUCAGGAUGUCCGUCGUAUCUUCCCAAAAAUAACUGUUGACUAGGGAAAUCAUUGAUCCCAUGCACGAAAUAGUGCCAUCCGGCUUGAUUGCAAAGCAUCAAUCACACUUCAACGGGCGAGCAAAAAGAGCCGCGUGAGCUAAAUAUUCCACAAGCAAUUUUAGUGACGGCCAACUGGCUGCGUUCCACACUCCACUGGUACCAGACAUGGCUCUCCCAUACUCACACGCCAUCUCACAGUCCCAGAAGCAUCGGCCGCUUCUACGGGUUCCUUGCAGAGGAGGGCUCUAUUGGGUCUGAAUAUCCCACGAUGAUAUCAGAGAGGAACGCCACGUCUGGCCUUGCUGGACAUCCAGUACCAGGCUGUCAAUCGCCAGCCGGCACUUUAUGGAGGUCCGUUUCGUGAACAACAUCCAAGUUCUGAACAGCGACUGGCGGAAGGGCGAUUGCUGGGGGCUGGGCAGGCCAGCGUCAGAAAUGUCGCGUUCACACUCCUCAUUGGCUAGCGGCGUGCCACACCUUUUUCGUCAGGACUGAUUCAACCCCCAUCCGGAGUGUUGUCUGAGGCGAAAGGAAUCCAUCCUUUCACCGAUUCAUUAUUCGAGCCCGUUUACAUCGCGGAUGUGUACCCGGCAAGUCCAUGGCCUGCACGUUGGGCUGCGUCGCACCACCCCACCACUAAAAGGUAACUAAUGUGAUUUUUUGAGCAAGUGGUCAGGCAAUGCGGAGAGGUGUGUGGACAGGAUGACGGCAGUCCGUAAACACAGCUCCUUGCUCCCUGCUACCGUAUUGGCUAUCACUUGCAAGAGCUUUUUUUUUAUUUUUUGAUUCUUCAAUAUUUCUGUUUGCUUCAAUUUUGUUUCCUUUCAUAUGAAAGUUGACGACGCCUUCAUUUUGUCCUUCUUCAUUUUGAAGGGAUGAAGCUCAUGUUGUCUCGUCGAUAUAUAUUAUUUAUUAUCGCAUUUUCCCUGGUGGAAUUGAACAGAAUUUGAGUAUAGCAACAGCUGGCUCUUGCUAUGCCUCACCGUCGUUUACAACCUGUGUCAACGUCUUAAAGGCUUUUCCCUUCCCUUCCGGAGGUAAGGAGACAUCGUGCAUCGCACUGUCAUACCUAAAAGGUUCGUAUUAGAGGCCGACACAGGAAAGUAGAAGAUUCAAGACUGGUUUCUGAUAGCUCAGUGACAACGCACCACUGGAGUCAACGGGCCGGAUUUGGGAUUUUACCUUUCCAAUUUGAAUUGGUGACUGGAUGGUCCAGCCUGGUUUGGAUAUCUCGACGAGGCUCCUCAGGCCUAACUUCUCAUUAGAGCUUGCCAUAUUGCUGCACUUUUAUAUAACCACGUUAGCAAGAAGGAUCCAAUUUGUGCUUUAGGAUCGCGUACCCUCAUCCGGCGUUUAGGUGUUGCGGUUAACUGUACGGGAAUAUGGGCCUUGGAAGUGUAGAUCUCACCUCUAGUUGUGUGAGUGUUGACGAAUAUCAUUCAUACUCAGACGUUCCUGUCCCGCUCCCUCUUUUCUCGCCCGUUCCCAUUCGUCGUACCUGUUCCGCUCCCAUUUCACGACCUGCAUCUCCUCCGGUCAGUCCUGCACCGACUGUCCUUGUUUCUCUGCGCACCAUUUCUAGCGGACAGGUUUCCGGUAGGCUCUCCCUACAUGAGUAUCGUAAGACUCUCUCGCGCCCGCAACUGGAUGAGCAAUCUGCCCCCGGCCCGCGAAGAACAUUGAGAAGGAAGCCUAAAACCUUGAACCUCACCGUUUUUCGACCUCCUCGAGCGCCGCCAUCGCCGCCUGCAACCCCGAUAUCAGCAUCUCAAAUUUCUAACGGAGGCUCAGUAGAGGCGUUGCAGUCCUGGCAGCCAUUAGCAGAGGCGGCGAUUGAUCAUGAAGAGGCGAGGGUUCAUGAAAAUAGUCCCAGCCACCCUUUAGCAGACGCUGUCUCCUUGCCACGCACCACCACUGCAUUCACUGCUGCCCCUAAAACUCCAUCUCAACAACUGGAGACUCUGCUGCAGUCCUUUCCUCCACCUCCACCUUACACUCCUGCAACUAGCGUUACGAGCGCAAGCCCUGGAAUGAAGAAGUUGAAUGUGUUCAAAUAUAGCCUCAAGCAGAUUCCCGCCAGAUUCAUUUCUCACCACAGAAGCUCUUCAGAUUCUGCUCUGUCCUUCUACCCAAAUCACUCAAGGACAAGGCUUCGUCAUAGGGGCGUUUCAUUUGAGAUACUCAACCCGCCAAAAUCACCUGGCUUACCUGUAUCUUUCUCGCCUGAACAUAUAACUCCCAAGUCCUUUCAUUUGUUAAAGCGAAGUAUCCCAGCCCCCUCUUUCGACCCGAUGUCUUCUCAGUUUCUCGACCAAAGCCCUUCAGUCAGUGAGGCUUCUCAGGGACAACAAACGCCCUUGAAAUACGGAAAUCGAUCAAGAUCGGGGAGCGAGGAGCGUCGACCCACGCCUCCACGGGCUUUGUUCGAAGAUCUUCUAACAGCACAUUCAUCUAUUACUUCGCGCAUAGUAAACCAGAGAAGCAAUCUAUUUCCACUGUUUCCAUACAUUGAUCACUCCACAGGUGAUCUGGAUAUGGAGCUGUCCUUGGACACGGGUACUGAGGAGGCCCAUGUCACUCUCCCGCCAAAUUCUCCUGAUCCCUUCGCGUCCUAUUCCGAAAAUGAGGUCCUUGAACAAGCUCUGGAGGUUCAAUCUCCCCUGCAGCUCAAGGCGCCAUCGCUGCCUGCACAAGAUGCCACCGAGAAUCCAAAAACUACAUUCGCAAAUUUGAUCCUGAGCGGCGCUUCGCUUGGUCAGCUAUCAAGUUAUUUUACGAGUAAAACCUUGCAAACCGACAGGCAACCGCGUGGCGAAGUCAUCAAGAGGCAUCCCUCCACGCUCACAAAACCUCGCCCCCCUGAUCCGAAACAAGCCUUCCAGUGGAAGAAACUUCGCACUGGCGGCGCGUCCACCCUAAUCUCCAGCUUCGUAUCCCGUCAAUUGAUUCCCCAUACGACCCGUUUUCGGGUUGAAAAACGAAAUACGUGCGAAGAUGGUAGGAAAAGUAGAGGUGGCAAACCGAGCACGAAAACAGCUUCAAACUAUCGUCGCAGUGUGUCAAGCCCAUUGGAACGCCUAUCGGCAGACGUCGAAACCCUUAUUGAACAAAAUCUUGUCUCCGCUACGCCACGCCCCAAACCAUCUCCUGCUAAAAGCCUCUUAAAAGUCCAAUAUGCGCGACCACAGUCUUCUGUGUACUCGUCGAUCGAUGAACCUCCUCCAGAGUUAUAUACCCAGACCCUAGCGGAUAGUGCCCGGACGGAUGGCGCGUAUCUGAUUGACUCAUGUCUGUCCGCUGAGGUUCCCUAUAAGAACGUUCGAUCUCGAUAUCAAUGGAGUUCAACAUUAAGCCCUAAUUUUUCGAAGCCCAUCCAUCCCCCGGAAUCCCGCCAGACAGGCGCAGACGCGCCAGUAUUUCCUAUAUCCUAUGCUACUAGUUACCAGAACCGUCGUCCCCUAGAUUCCCACCCAAUAAACACUAUCCCGGACGAGCCGCAUAAUUUUUAUUCCCAAAAUUCUUCAAUAGACGUUUCCGAACCAAUUCUAACUGUGGGAGGGGAUCCUGGUACACUUCAAUCUAGUUCCGUAUCUGGGAUUGCAGAUCAUGAUUUUCUCGUUGACGAUUACGAAGAUAUGGGCCCAGGGAGCAGUCAGACAGUGUCAAGUCCUCAGUUGAGUCGGUUGGGAACGUUCUCAACGCUAAGAUCCCGUCUUAAACUACCGUCUACAUUUUCAUCUCGCCCAAAGGGAAAUGGAUUAAAGCCACAAACCGUUUCUACGAACUCGUCCUUUAAGGAACCUGAACAGUUUGCUGAUCAGUUGAAAACAUGCAGUGCCCUUGAAAGUAACACUGGGCUGGAGGAUGGUUGGUGUAGUGAGCGGGUAGAUGCACAGGAUUGGCAAACGGUCACAGGAAGCCAUCAGUUUAGAAGUGAUUUCUCAAGGGUGGACACAGGUAGUAGUUUAGCUAAUUUUUCCAGUUGUGGAAGCCUUGCAAAUGCAGAAGCACAACCUUGGACAUCGUUGCCAUUACCUGGGGGACAUCAACAUUUCCCUAGCUGUCCUGGCAACCUAGUGAUGGUCCAUCCAGGUCAAAGAGGCCUCUCUCACAAGCAUAAGCUCCAUCAAAACCCAAAUACUGGAACUAGCAUCCUGCUCCCAGAUUAUCAAUACCCAGGUAAAUCUUUUGAUAGCUUGAACUCUGUGGCAAAGCCUGUGCCAGUGCUCAAGGCUUCAACUGAAGUGUACCCGGCACCACUUCCCUCCACCUCACAGUAUCAACACCCUACACCCCUGAACAAACCGCACGUUCAUCCCUUCAAAAGUCCGCCGCCGGUCCUCGACAAAUGGAAGACGCGAUUAAGAAAACAAAGCCUGUAUCAGUCAUCCCGAUUUGGCCCUGGUCCUGUUAACCCAAGUUUCAGAAUUCCCUGUCUCUAACCACAAGCAUUCGCUCCGUGCCUCGCGAUUAUUCCCCUGAUGGCAGCACGCAAAGAGGAGACGUCCUUCAGAUGCCCGAGAGAGUUCAUCUCGCGCCUACAUACUCCUCCACUGAGCAGCUCAUUCCUUAUCCCCAGUCGAAUCCCUCUCCCCCUCGUUUUCGCAAUAGGCUUUCUGGCGAUGGUAUUGUGGUCAUUGAAGGCAAUGACACUGGGACCUCCCACAAACGUCCAUCACUGGUAUCUGAAGCUAGGCACCAGCAAGGCCAGCGUCCCGCAAUCCCCAGACUACACUGGCCGCCUGUACAGAACAACGGCAAUGAAACCACCAAAAUACGCAUGAAGGCAUCAUCCCGCGACGACCUCAUUCGAGAGCGUAUUCGACAAUUGGAUGACCCCAUCGUAACUACAAAUACCCGACGGAGCAGAAGAGACCUUUCGUCGCGUCCACUCUCUGAGAGGAGUGCAAUACCUCACCGUUCCCAUACCGUCGCAAGCAGACCGUUCAAUGUCAACGAAGAGCUCGAAGUUGGCCAGUGGUACUGCUCAGAAAACGGACGCUACGCUUUUUCCACCCCGCCUCGCCUCUUUAAGACAUCAGCCAAAUUUAGACAACGGGCCGCGACUACUACGGUAGCUUCAGAGACCAAUUUUGCCCUCCAGCGGCGCGUUGGUCGGGAGCUCAUCAUUGCUUCUUCGAUUAUGCUACCCCCGGGAUGGUUAUUGCUGGGCUACAUCGCCCUGAUUGGGCAAGGGGCGAACUGGUUGAUAAAAUGGAGGUCAGGAGGAGAAGUGGAGCAGUUUCAUGAGAAAGAGAUUCGCUUUGCACGCCAGGUGUUCGGGGCAGUUUUCCUGGUGUUGGUUAUUAUUGCCUUUGUUACAGCGACAGCUUUCCUGGCGUCGAAAGAUAAUUAAUCAAGACUCUGAAAAGUAGGACACCUCAGGCGAUUAACUACUACUAGCAUGCCAGCCUUCUCCCUUUUCAGAUACAAAAUCCCUUUAUCUAUACUGUUCAAACCCUCCCGUGCUUAAAACGCGAUCCGGGGCCUCCCGUGUUAAACUAACCUUUGAUACGUGUACAUGUUUCCACUCAGCCUAAUUACCUGUUCUGUUCUAUAGAGUUCAACUCGUAUCUUUCGUAAAUGCUUCUCAUAUCUUCUUUUCUACAACCCUUUUUCUCUCCAUUGGGCAUGCAAUUCCUCAUCGAAUAUCGCAUAAAAUUUGCACAUUUGCUCUCCUUUUGACGGGCUCUUUCACUAAGAUCAUGUUUUGAACCCACUUCGCUACGAUCUUAUUAUCUUCUCCACUUUUCUUCAGAUUUCCUAAUAUACUUUCUACGUGCUCUCAUAUACCCAGUCGAGGCUUUUAGUACCACUUUUUCCCUUACCAUUUUAUAUGGUAUGGUAUGUAUGUACAAAGCUUCUAGAUGCUUCUUCUCGCGUUUUAUUUCUUCUUUUUAGAGUUUACACAGUUAGGUGAGACUUGUUGGUUGGUUUUCCGUUUGUUAUUUCUAAGAGAAAUGAGCUAUGUAUGGAUAUAAUUUAGCAAAUCAGUCGUUAGCGGAGAAAGCAAAUCAUUUCAAUACCUGUUUUCAUGAUGUGACUUAAAAGGGUUUUGCUGUGCCUGAUUAUUAUUGUUUACUGUGGUAUAUUCGC